AAACUCCUGUAAAUUCAAACUAGCUAAUUCAAUAACAGUUGUCAUGGUGGUUCCCUCGCAUAGGGAAGAGCACUGACGUUGGUGUUCUUAUUUGCUGUUAUGAAGUCCGUGGUGUAGGGAGGGCCUGCCGCCCCCAACUCUAGAGUCACUCCACGGGAUACAUGCGUGGUGCCCCCGCUCUUGUACUCACCUGACCACCGAGCUGUGUCCACGGUGGAUGAUCUGAAGGGAUGGAAAAACCAGGACUGACAAAAUAAAACAAAACCCUGAUUCAUACUGCCACAAAUAUGUUUAAACUGCAUUUUCACUUAUUUUCUCUGACUUCACCCCCCCACACCCCCCCAUUCUCCACCUGACCCCACUUCCCAGACAGACAGAACAACAACAACAACAGAGGUAUCUCACCUGUCAUUCUCAAACAAUGUCUUUUCAGAACAAGUGCUGUAUAUUAGGCUCAUUCCCCUUCACAAGAAAUACAUAGGGGCACUGUGUAGAUCCUGCCUCGAACAUUCACAAGACUUUAUAAGAAUCUGAACGAUGACACAAUUCGUCUCCUCUUCCCUCACAGAACGAGAUCGGAAAAGUAUUAGCUAGUCCAUGGUGGUUUAGGGUGCGUGGGAGAGUACUGCAAAAGUCUAAAGCGAGUAUGAGUAGACUACACGCUAAUGUAAACGGAUAGACGAGCGUUUAAAUAGGGAAUAUCUCAGGCACUUUACACUAAGUGCAUUUUCUUGUGCUUUGAGGUGGAAAACUGAGCAGAUAGAGAAUAAGACAUCAUGGAGGAAUUGGUGAUUACCAUAUAUGGAACUAUAGUUUGUGUAACUGUAGUUGAAAGAGAUUAUGCUCAAAUUAAUAUAGGCUACGUUAAUCUUCACUGUGAAAAUUAAAUGCCAAUGUCUUGCUCUUGAAUUCACCCUUAAAAUGACAACUGUGUUUGUUUUUGACUGACUUGGAAGAAAAUGUAGCUUAUUUAAAGAUCAUGGUAAUUUCCCUGCAUUUAUCCAGUUUUGAUAAAUAACUUUAACGUAUACCUUUACAUUUAUGAUGCAAAAACUGUGAUUUCUAUUACUAUCACCUAGCCCAGUGGUAUGUGGCCAUUGCUCACAAGGGUGCCCGACCUGUGUAUUGGUUAAAAGGCAGGAGACGUUGGUAAACAAUUUAAUGUGUCUAUAUUCUUUCUUUUUCUGUUUUACCUCCAGAUGUUGGAGUCGUUCAGGGCAGGUGGUACGGGUUAAUGAUUUACGAUUAAAAUUAUAUUUAAAGUAAGAUUUAUUUGGCUCAUCAAUCUGUAAGGAUCCAGUUAUGUUUUUCUACCCAAGCGUUUUGAAUCGUCAAACAGGUUGCUUCUCUACAAUAUGGUGAGUAGUGCAAAUGGGACAUAAGUAUAACGGUUAAUAAUCUAUACUAUGAGCUAUUUGGGACAAUAAUGUAGCGAUUUUAAAGCAUGGGCAUAUUAGGUUAUUCGAUUGUCGUUAUAUGUUUUUGUAACUUUGGGUCCUACGCUAUCCUCACAUGAGUAUCCUAUUAUUGACGGAUUAUUUGUAACUGUAACACUGACAACAAUAUGAUAAUUUUUGUAAGGCCUAUGGUAUAUCAACGUAUCUGAUAUUAAUUGUAGGGUCACAUGUAGUCAGAUUUUAUCUUUACUGUAUAGGUUCAAGGAGGGACAAUUGCCCGAGCCAGACAUAACAAUAAUACAUACACAGGACACAAACGGUACACAGAGGACACAAACGUGUGAUUCCUAUUGGCACAUCAAUUAAUGCCGCUCUAGGAAUAGGCUCAGACACGCAUAAAAUGACAACAUUUACGACUGCUAAAAUACUGACCAGUCAAGUAGGACUACGGUGAUAUUCCCGCCUAACUUGAGGCCAGUGAUUUGAGUACAGGCGCUACAUGCGUGAGAACGAGGGGAUCCUUUAACUACGUGUCUCCAUUUUGCCCAUUUUAUCCAAUCAUUGCCCAUAGACAACCCGCGUUAUUUCUUUGUAUGAAACCGCGAAGUGAAUCUAUAAGCAGCAACAUGACAGGCCGCCUAUUUGAUCACUGAUUCUCGUUUGUCAGUAGUGAUGGUAAUGUCCGUCUUGUUUAUAGGCUGGCUGCCACCAAAGGGAUUAGGAUCCCGCGAAGAGAUCUGAUGAAAGUCAAUGUCCAUCGGACAUGUAAUGACAUCAUGGACUAUGUGUUGGUGCGAGUCCUGCCCCCUCAGCCAGGAAUGCCCCGUCCCCGUUUCUCCCUCUACCUCUCCUCCCAGCUCCAAUAUGGUGUGGUCAUCGUUUACCACCGCCAGUGUGGAAUGCUACUGGAAGAGAUCCAGCACACCCUGGACAAACUGGCCAAGACCAGAACAGCCCAGAACAUUGAUGUGGACCAGUCUGACAGACACACAAUGUCUCUCCCUGACAUGUUGUCCCUCCUGGAGGAGAGUGAGUGGGCUGCGGAACCCUUCUUUGGAGAGAUGCAGUCAGAGUACCCCAUGCCCAGCCCCAACACACUAAUACAGCUGGGUGGACAGUUUGGUAUAGAAGCCCCCCCUGAGCGCCCCCUGCUGCUGAGUCCUGGAACUCCUUCCCUGGAUGGUAUCACAGCAUCUCCAGACUCCAUCACCCUGAUAGACAGACAGCCCAUCACCAUCCCCUCAGCAGAGUUCGAAGGGGUGGAGCUUGCUGAGGUCACUGAUCAAAACAUGGGGAUGAUUGACUUGUUAAUGGACCAACUGGAUCACUUCCCAGAGGGGGAACGAGAGAGGGCCCCAGAGAGAGAAGAGAGAGACACAGUGCAGGAGAGAGGGGGAGAACCUGUGGGAGAAGGGGACUUGGAGAUAGACAGAGAGCUGGAAGAAGUAGAAAGAGCAAGGGCAGAAGAGUUGGAGAGGACAAGAGAGCUAACUGGCUCUCUUAUUGGAAUGCCACCUGGCACCAUAUCCACAGAGGACCCCACGCUGCUGCCUGGCGAAGACACUAUGCUGCCCAUGGAGAUGCCUGCAGCGUUGACCGAGGAGAGGAGCCCUGAGCCUGUUCCUCUACCCAGCGAACCAGAGAGACAGAAAAAGACACGCCCCCUACAGGCCAUUUCUCCCCCAGGCAAAGCACCUCGCAGGAGGCAACUGCUCUUCUUCGACAAGGAAACCCAGAUUACCCAGGAAGCACUGCAGCAGCAGCUAGACAACACACUCACACAGACCAGGCCCCUGGUUGUAGUCAGUAGUCCAUCUGAAAGAAAAGUCUCUGCUACUGAGCUCCUUGACAACCCCUGCUUUAAUCUCCCUCCAGAGCUGCUGUCUCUAUGGAAACAGGCGGCGGUUGUUACAUCUCGGGCUGGCUCUGACCUUGAGGUGGGGAGGAGGGGGACAGACUCUGAGUCGGCAGGGGGAGAGGGGGAGCAGGAAGGGGAGCUAAGCUCAAAGGAGGUACCAAGGGAGUUGACAGAAACUGGCCUGUCCCAGCCUGAAGUUUCAAGUCGGUCGCUGCUGCUCCUGGAGAGCUCUGAUAAAGACAUUGCCUUGGAGAGCUCUUUAUCCCACACCCCUGAGAGUAUAGGGUCUCCUGACCUCAGGUCUGGGUCCAGACUGAUGGGCAUUCCAGAGGAGGGCGAGGGACCGCUGGAGAGAGAGGCAGAAGAUAUACUGUCCACAGGCUUUCUGGACCAAGCAGCAGACGCUGAUGUAGGGGUGCUGUUCCACUCACUGCUGCCCCCUCUGGCCCAACGUAGGAGUGUCACACACUCAUUCUGGACUCUUCUGGAGAUGAUAACAUCCAGGAGACUACUUGUGCAGCAGGAUGAACCAUAUGGUGACAUCAUCAUUUUACCUGGACCCAACUAUGAGGGGAAUGAGUGUGUGUAAGACACACAAAAACAGACUGUAUAUCUAGAACUGUGCAUGCACUUUGGAAGAACUAAGUAUGCACUGAUAAAAACUUAGCAUGCACUAAAGAGGUUAUUCAAAGAAAUGUUAAUGUUUGAAGAUACUGCAUCCGUUUUUAACUUGUCUUGUUUGAGUAAAGAAAAUUUACAGGCUGUGUUUUUAAAAGCUUUAAAGUCAAUUCACCUUGUUAAUAUUGUUAUUAGUGAAAAUGUUGAAUUCAAUGUUAAACAUACAGGAUAUGUGUUAUUGGCUUUUUCAUCAACUCUACAUAACUUUUUUCAGUAAAAUCAUUUU